UGGUCGUUUAAACCAUACAUAUAAUGGCGCCUUGCUAUUCUUACCAAUAAGUAGCGACUGUAAGUGGAAGCGCAUAUGUGCACUUGCUUGUUUCUUUGUCUUUGACAGCUCGAUUGCCGGACCGAAGUUGGUAGUUUUGUAAUGAGUUCUUUGCUUUUAAGGUAGAAUUUAGAGCAGGAUAAAUUGUUUUUCGUAGUUUUCUUGCGGAUUUGUAUUAGAAGAUGGAGGACGUUCUUGAAGAGGUUGUUUCUUCCGAUGAUUUAAAGAAAUUUGAACGUAUAUAUAACGAACAAUUACGUUCAUCUGUUAUAACACAAAAAGCACAAUUUGAAUAUGCUUGGUGUCUUGUUAGAAGCAAAUAUCCUGCAGACAUCAGAAAGGGAAUAAUGUUAUUGGAAGAUUUAUAUUGCAAUCAUAAUGAUAGCGAGAAACGAGAUUGUCUCUAUUAUUUAGCCAUUGGAAAUGCUAGAAUAAAGGAAUAUACAAAAGCUUUAGCAUAUGUCAGAUCGUUUCUUCAGGUUGAACCUGGAAAUCAACAAGUACAACACCUGGAAACGUUGAUCAAGAAAAAGAUGGAAAAAGAAGGUCUGUACGGUAUGGCCAUUGCAGGAGGGGUUAUUAUCGGUAUUGCAAGUAUUCUCGGCCUCAGCUUUGCUAUGGUCAAAAGAAACUAAUUUAUUCACGUGAAAAAGCUUAUGACUAUUGUGUGAUAUAAAAUAGUUACUUUGUACAAUGUGUUAUAUACAAUUUGUUAAUUAAUAUCACCAAAGAUUUCAUUUUAAAAAAAGAGACAGGACGAAAGAAAUGGUCUUGUGUUCAAAUUAAGUAAACUGCAAUGCGAUUCGUAAUGUAGAAUGUCAAAUUUAUUUUUACAAAAGAACAAUAUGUCAUAUAAGCAAUAUAUAGUAAUAUAUAUGUGUAUUAUUUUUUAGAUUUUCGUAAACUCAAUUACACUCUCUCAUGUAUCAUAAAAUCAUAUGUAUCCUCUUUUUGGAUUGUCAAAAAUAAUUUUUUAAUAAUAUAUACGUUAAUUUAUAAAAGAAAGACAUUCCGAAUGUUUCGUAUUUUGCUCUGUGUUUAGUUGUUUAUAAAUAAGAUAUAUAUACAUAUAUCAAUGAUUUAAAGUUUUAUUUAAUUUAAAUCCACGUACGUCAAAAAAAUAUAUUUAUGCCAAAACCGCAGUGCAGAUAAACAUAGCUUUUGUAUAUAAAAAUAAAAAUAUUGUAUUGUCUUAUUUAUGUGUAUUGUUACUUAAAUCUUUGAUGAAAUAAAUAUAUUACGUCUGUAUUA